CGAGGUGCGCAGGCCCGCCGCAGGGCGCUCGGCCCCCUCGCUCCCCGCUUCCGCCCGGCUCUGGGGUGCACGAGCGGAGGCUGAGCGGCGCCCGGAGUCCGAGAAUCGAAAGCGAAAGCGGGCGGGCGGGGGCGUGGCCUGCGCAGGCUCCGCCCCCUCCUGCUGGCGGCCGCGAGCGGGCCUCGGCGGGGGGCGGCCAGCGCGCAGUGCGACCCUCGCGGGCCCGGCGCCGCCACCAUGGCCCAGGAAGGCGUGGAGCUGGAGAAGAGCGUCCGGCGCCUGCGCGAGAAGUUUCACGGGAAGGUGUCCCCCCAGAGGGCGGGGGCUCUGAUGCGAAGGUUCGGCAGCGACCACACCGGGGUGGGGCGCUCCAUCGUGUACGGGGUCAAGCAGCAAGAUGGCCAGGGGCUGGCUAACGGCCUGGAUGCCCAGGACCCUCCAGAGGACAUGAGACAGGACCAGGACAUCCAGGCCGUGGCCACUUCGCUCCUGCCGCUGACCGAAGCCAACCUGCGCAUGUUCCAGCGCGCCCAGGACGACCUCAUCCCCGCCGUGGACCGGCAGUUUGCCUGCUCCAGCUGUGACCAUGUGUGGUGGCGCCGUGUCCCCCAGAGGAAGGAGGUGUCCCGAUGUCACAAAUGCCGGAAGCGCUACGAUCCAGUGCCAGGCGACAAGAUGUGGGGGCUGGCCGAGUUCCACUGCCCGCGGUGUCGGCACAACUUCCGGGGCUGGGCACAGAUGGGGUCCCAGUCCCCCUGCUACGGGUGUGGCUUCCCCGUGUUUCCGACACGGAUCCUCCCCCCACGCUGGGACGCGGACACAGAUCGGCGCAGUGCACACACCCACUCCUGCUCGGCUGCGGACUGCUACAACCGGCGAGAGCCCCACGUGCCUGGGACGUCGUGCGCUCACCCCAAGAGCCGCCAGCAGAACCACCUGCCCAAGGUCCUGCACCCCAGCGACCCCCACAUCAGCAGUGGCUCCACUGUGGCCACCUGCCUGAGCCAGGGCGGGCUGCAGGAGGACCUCGACAACCUCAUCCUGGAGGACCUGGAGGAGGAGGAGGAAGAGGAGGAGGCAGCCAGGCCCCAGGAGUGAGCCGGCCAGGCCGCUACCGGCUUCUUAGGACUCUGAGCUCAGCCCCACGCAGAAACGCCCUCAGGGGCCCCCAGGGACCAGGUCCACCGCUGCUGGGGCAAGGCUGGGUCACCCUGGAUGGCGGGGACAGAAGGACGGUCACAGCCUCGCAGGCCGGAUGAGCAUGGCAACCUUCUUGAGCGAGUACGCCCCACCGCGGAACUCAGCCCAGUACACGCCGUCCUGGUAGCGACUUCGGUAGUGGCCACCGCGGUGCCAGACGCCAUUGAGGUUGGAGUGGGCACAAGCAUGGUACCACCAGCCCCCACGCUGGUACAGGGCACAGUUUCCUGAGGGGUGAGAGAAAAGCCUCUCUCAGUACCUCCUUGUGUAAAGCUUUGGCUAGGCAUCCCCUGGCCCUUCCCAAUCUUACUGCAUAUACAUCCUGAUAUCUCCUCACCAGAAUAAAAGCUCCCACUUUCAGAGUAA